UAUCUAAAUAGUAAAUAACUUAAUAUUCAGACCAUGCUAGACAUAUUUUUAAUGUUAGCAUUAUCAGUAGUAAAUAUCCUAUUAAAGAUAAACAGGGUGAACUAAAUACACUUAUGAGAUAACUGCUUCACCAUUGGGGUAGGUGUGUAAAUUCACUUGUAAUGAAAGACUGUUGUAUAUGGAGUCACAUUUUCUAAAGUAAUGUGCAGUGUUGAAAGGAUAAUUUACUUUAGAUAAGAAGUGAGAACUAGUACAUAUUCUGUUCCGUAGAUUGUGCUCUAAACACAAGCAGGAAGACUUAAGUGAACUACUUGUAUAACAAAGGUAGCCCUUUUGUGUGUGUGAAUUAUUCAGAUUUUUCUUUUAUGAAUUGGUUCAUUAUUUACAAUUAUCUGACAGAUGGUUUGAGCAUGUUUCAUCCUGUGGAUUAAUCUCAAGUAUUUGCUGCUUCAAGGAUUUGUUACCUAAUUUUCUGUCCGUUCUGUCUGGUCAUCUGUUUCUGCUCCCUGACUAGAUUCUCAUGGGUAUUUGCAACCUUUCUCUUCCUGUGAACACUCUAGGAACAAAAAUGUACUUGUACUGCAAACGCCAUUAAAGCAGAUUUUCUGUCUAUUUGAACCAAUGCUUAUUCAUGCUCAUUUUUUAUCAUUAACCCAGCUCUAGUGAAGCAAGUCUUAUUCCCAUUAUUGUGGCAUAAUGAAUUCUAAACAGAGUAAUCUUUAAGCUGUGUGCACUAUCAUGAACCUAAAUCUUCAUGCUUCUGUUUUGCUGCAGGGAAUGUACAAAUACCUUGAAAGGUGUUUUUCAGACUUCAGGCAGAGAGGCUUCGUUGUUGGAUAUGACACGCGAGGUCAGGUGACCAGCAGCUGCAGCAGUAAGAGACUUGCAAAGCUUACUGCAGCAGUCCUGCUUGCGAAAGGUGUACCUGUGUACUUGUUUUCAAAAUACGUUCCUACGCCCUUUGUGCCCUAUGCCGUUCGUCAGCUCAAAGCUGCAGCUGGUGUGAUGAUCACAGCAUCCCAUAACCGUAAGGAGGACAAUGGUUACAAGGUUUAUUGGGAAAAUGGAGCUCAGAUCACAUCUCCUCAUGACAAAGAGAUCCUGAAAUGUAUAGAAGAAUGUGUUGAACCAUGGAAUGGUUCCUGGAAUGAGAAUCUAGUAGACACCAGUCCUCUUACACGAGAUCCUCUGGAGGAAAUUUCUAAAAUCUAUAUGGAAGACCUGAAAAAGAUCUGCUAUCACAGGGAACUGAACACAAAGACCAACUUGAAGUUCAUUCAUACAUCUUUCCAUGGCGUUGGUCAUGACUAUGUCCAGUUGGCAUUUAAAGCAUUUGGCUUUAAGCCUCCCAUUCCAGUACCUGAACAAAAGGAUCCAGAUCCAGAUUUUUCAACUGUUAAAUGCCCAAAUCCUGAAGAAGGAGAAUGUGUGCUGGAGCUGUCUCUGAGGCUUGCAGAGAAAGAAAGCGCUAGGGUGGUGUUGGCCACUGAUCCUGAUGCAGACAGAUUGGCGGUGGCAGAACGACAAGAGAAUGGUCGUUGGAAAGUGUUCACCGGCAACGAGCUGGCAGCUUUGUUUGGGUGGUGGAUGUUCAGGAGCUGGAAGGCGAACGGUUCCAGAGAAGCUGAUGUGAAGAACGUUUACAUGUUAGCAACCACAGUCUCCUCUAAAAUUCUGAAGGCGAUUGCACUUAAAGAAGGAUUUCACUUUGAAGAAACACUGCCUGGUUUUAAAUGGAUUGGAAGUAGAGUAAAAGAUCUCCUAGACAAUGGGAAAGAAGUUCUUUUUGCGUUUGAAGAGUCUAUUGGUUUCAUGUGUGGCACAUCAGUGUUGGAUAAGGAUGGCGUGAGUGCAGCUGUGGUUAUAGCUGAAAUGGCAUCUUACCUGGAAACCAAGAACUUAACAUUGGCACAGCAACUAACUGAAAUAUAUGAAAUGUAUGGAUAUCACAUUUCAAAGACCUCCUAUUUCUUGUGCUAUGAACCUCCUACUAUCAAAAGGGUAUUCGAAAAGCUUCGGAAUUUUGAUUUCCCAAAAUCGUAUCCAAAGUCUUGUGGCGCUUAUGGUAUAUUACACGUACGGGAUGUUACCACUGGCUAUGACAGCAGCCAGCUUAAUAAGAAAUCGGUGUUGCCUGCGAGUAAAAACAGUCAGAUGAUCACCUUCACCUUUCAAAAUGGGUGUGUUGCCACCCUCCGGACAAGUGGAACUGAGCCAAAGAUCAAGUACUAUGCAGAGAUGUGUGCGCGGCCUGAGCAGAGUGACAAAACCUUUCUGGAAGAACAACUACAGAAAGUCAUUGAAGCUUUGAUUGAGAAUUUUUUGGAGCCCAGUAAGAAUGGACUGAUCUGGCGUUCCGUGUAGAUCUCCCCCAACAGUUUGUUAUAGAAGUGACUCUCCUUGCGCUGUAUCAUGUGGAACAAAGGAACCAAGAUCAGAACUCCAUUUAGCAUUAAUUGUGUGUGCGUGUGUAUGUCAGUUACCUAACUGCCUAAAUUCUUAAAACCAAUAAAGAGGCAGCAUCUUUUUGUCAGUUUUCCAGCAAAAAGCUAUGGCUGGCAAAUUGAUUUGGGGGAGUUAAUAUCUACAAUUUCAUGUUCUUUUGACCAAAAGACACAUGUACAUUAACAUAAUGAAGUCAACUCCCAUAGUUCAAAAUGUAGCACUCCAGAGGGUUAAGACUGCUAAACUCUGCUGUAGCAUAAGUCACUGAGUUUCAUGUUGAAUGAACUAAUACCUAGCACCUUUGAUUUGAAAAGACUUGAAUUCAAAAAGUUCUGUUAGUUCUAAGUGUAUUUGAAGGGAAUUAGCAAUCACAUAAGACUGACAAAAUGAGCCGGCUUCUUCAUUGCUGUGGAGUGUGUCGGUAUAAUUUACUGUUACAGGUCUUAAUUUACAAGUAUGUUUAAAAUAGAGUUUAGUAUUUAAAAUGUCUAGUUUAGACAAGUUGUUCUAGUAUAUGGUUUUCAGCCAUUUAAAUAUCCUAGUAUUAGAGGGGCUCUUAGUGCAUUGUAUUUUUUCCUGUGUAUCUUAAAAUACUGAUGUUUACUUAACGGUGAAACAAUCGUGGCAACUCCAUGCAAUUUGAUUCGCAGCUUGGUUUUUGACUGAUCAAACAGUGCCUUUCCAGGAUGUCCUAAUCAGGGGAAAUAAUCUCUGUCUUGUUUAAAUUAGUGAUUCUAACCACCAGAGGCCCAUUGAGCAUAGUUUAAUCAGGUAGCUUUCUUUCAUUUUAUAAAACUCUCCCAAAAUAUUCUGGAUCUCAUUCUACAUUAUCUCAAAUUAAAACAUCUAAAAGCAGGCUGUUCUAAAAUAUAGAUGCCUUGUGAAUGCAGUUUUGGGAGGACUAUGUGAAAAUCCAGUUAAUAUUUCUCUAACAUCUUGAAACUACAGUGUCCAUGUUCUCUGCUCACUUAUGAGAAAGCUAAUGGAGGUGAGACAUGGGCUUUGUGUAUUCACCCCUUUACUCUCACUUUUCUUCACUUACAGUUGCAUCUAUAAAUUAGCUCCUGAUGUUACCUGCCUGCAAAUAUUCGAUCCUUCCUCUAAACUCACUUUAAUUAUCUGUUCGUGUAAGUUUUUAGCUGUUAUUCCUAAUUAUAUAAUUCCUAACUAGUCCCUUACUCUGCUUUGACUAGAACCUGGUUUUCUUAAUGUGGAAAGUCUUCAGAAGGUUGCUGUGAGCACCUGGUCUGGGAAAAGUGUAUUUUAAAAAGCAUACUGCUUCCCUGUUUGGCGUCCUCUGGAUGCUCAUGUCCCUGGGUGCAGACUAAUGCUUGACACUUUGUCUUUCUAAACUGGUGAUAGAAAUCUCUAGAAUAAGAACUGUGAUGCUCUGGACAUCUAGCCACUAUGGUACUAAUAUAGACUAAGUAGAACAAUUGAAUACACAACUACAUACUAUGGUGUGUAAUGCCCAAACACGGUUAUAGGACUCUAGUAAUAUCUUUUUUGAUUAAUCAGCUCCAAAUCCGUGAUUAGCGGAGUUCAUAAAUCCCAAGAGGCACUUGUUUAAACCAUUGUUUGCCACUAUUGUUAAACCUUUGAAUUUGUCCUCUAUUAUACCCUUAUAGCUAAGUUCUGUAGGACAGUGCAGAACGAUGCUGUACAUAUCUCAGCUAGGCAGAUAUAAAGGACAACAUGUUUUCUGUUUCUGUGCAGAUAUUGGAUAUGUCAUGCUGACAGAGGCUUUGCACUAUGACCAUAAAUACAUAUUUUAGCUAUAUAUGAAUGUACAUGUACUGCAGGAAGCUGUCUGUGUCGCACAGAUGCUUAUUUACAAGCAAUGUUUAUUUAUUUUUUUUAUUUUAAGAGAGAUUUCCAAGUUGUCCUCACAAUUGAGAGAAAUUUCUCUUAUGCCAAAAAGGGUUCUUUCCCUUGAUUAUUGUAUAUUUGUGAGUGCGAUGGUUGGGGGGAGGGAGAAAUGCGUGAAAGCAAUGAAGCUUUACUGUUUUCACAAUAUUGCACAGAAUUGGAAGUAUCCAAAGAUAUGUGGGGCAAGUCUUUUUAAGUUGCUGCUUGGACUUGGCAUUUUUUUUCCUGAUGGAAGUUAAACUUCAGACCUGAUUCUGGUCCCACUAAAGUGAGUGGAAGCAUUGCCAUUAAUUUCAUUGGCAGUAGGAUCAAGUCCUUGGGGUUUUGAAUCUUUUUUUUUUUUUUUUGUAAUUCAGAAGAGAACAAUUCAUUUUUUGUGUGCGUGGUUUGAACAAAGCUAAACGUUAAAGGUGUAUGGAGUUGUGUAUGUGGAUAGGUCAGCUCUGGGUAUGGUGUAGCACAUACAAUUGUGUAAGGCUUUCAGAUCUGCUUUCCUAGUAGCUGGUUAGCCGAGCCUGGUCUGAAUUAGGGAUGCAAAAGUUUAACUGGAUAAUCAAUAGGCUUGAUGCUUAUCGGUUUCAGUUAACGAUUAAACUCUCCUGCCGCCCCGCGUGCCUGGGAUCCUGGCUGCCGCCAUGGGGUCCCGGUUGCCACCCCACACACCCAAAUGCUGGGCACCAGCGGCAGCCGGGACCCCGGGUACAGGGCCAGCAGUCGGGUGCAGACUAAUGCUACAGCACCCCCCCGCAUCCCUAGUUCUCCGGUUAAACGUUAAACCAACAGAAUUUUAAUAGGUUACACGGUUACUUUUUUUUACACGCUAUUUACAUCCCUAGUCUGAAUCUCAUCCAGUAUUAGGUAAAUCUUAACAUGAGCACCAGGCCAUUGAACACUUACAAGAUGCAGGUUUUAAAAUGCUUUUGAGACUGGAUGAAUCUGGCGGAGCUGAGUAUCAGUGGUUUUCUUCAACUGAUGAUUAGGCCCUUAGUUCUUAAGCAGUACAUCAUGGAUGAAGUGCUUUUGGAAGGUGGGCAAGUGAGCCACCAGAAUGACUGUAUUCUAAGGGUAUAAUAAUUACUGCUGUUUGAUCUGCUGCUACCAUUGUUUUCCAUUGAUAUGUCUAAUGCUUGAAGUAUCCCUACUAUUCCAUUUGGAGAAGUUGUGUUCUUUCCUUUCUCUGCAUUCCCUCCCCUACUUUUGUUACUGUGAAAGAUGAUCAUCUUGUUACCUCACUGCUGAGUAACUUUUUGCUGUACCUACUUCCUCAGCACUUUGAACUUGUGCACAAUCUAGUUUCAGUUAUGGGCGUUUUUAAUAGUUUUGUUUGCAUUGUAGAAAUAUUUAAACUGUGAGUGGGGAGGGGACUAAUUCUAAACCGAACCAGUUUUUUGGUCUGGAUGUUUACUGACUUACGGCGCUUCCUGUUAAGAUGCAUUUUUAAAGGUUGGUGUGGAGCGAUUCAUCAGGUAUGAUAGAGCCAGUGAUUAUUUGUGUCUAGCAUUUGAGUAGUUUCAUUCAUUAUUAUUAUUAUUUUUUUUGCACUGCUGCAUACAGAGGCCUAAUCUCUAUCCCAUUCAAGUCUGUGGCAGAACUUCCAUGGGACUAGGAUAUGAUCCUUUAAAGCAUAAGAAAUUUGCCAGGCAAGUUGACACUAUUUAUAAUACACCUCUUCUAUUUGUGUUUUGUAUAAGCACCAUCUUCUUCCGAAUGUGAAGUGCUUGCUGUUCAGUUAGUAAAAGGGAAUCGACAGUUGUUAUCCACCUCCCUCAGUAGUAAUAUCACUGCUUGGCACAGCUCUGGAGGAAACUUGGAGCUGCAGAAGGAGUGGAAAGCAAAAGUUGUUAAUGUGUGCUUCCCCUCUCUCCUGGCAGUGCAGCACUGAAUGACUACAGGUAUGUCCUAAAGCAAAACGUAGGUGAACCUCUUAUUGUAGUCAGAAGUACAAUUACUUCCUCUUCUGUCUUUGCGGUCAGGAUGCUUUCCCGUGAAAAUGGGACUGAAUAAAUGGAAUACACUAAAAUGAUCUUUCUCAGCUGACGGCUGAACCUGAUACAGUUCACCUGCAGGGUUCACGGCUCCUGUUUUGAUUCAAUAAGACUUGAACGGGAAUUAAGGAACUUAACCUGGGGUUUUGGCAGAGGGAAGCCCACAAGAGAAGGUGUACACUGAUGUGCCCUUAGAAUGCAAGCCCAAUCACGGACUCCCAGGGCGUUUUGUUUUUGUGUAUAUGACAGGACUUCAGUGAAGGGAAGCGACCUGAGGAGGAGCCAGUCUUCUACUGGCUUGAUCUUGUAACCCAUUAGCGACAAGAUUGCUCUGCACUUUCGCUUUGUGGCUUGAGAAGAGGGCAUUUCCUCCCUCAGUGUGGUUGGCGCAGGUUGGUUAAAUGCUGGCUAACUUUGCUUUGAAGUCUGGGGUAGUCUGUGAUAACACACAGCAGCAACAUCCCCUUACCGGCAACAUGCAGCUCUGGAGUGGGCUUAAGCGUUGCAUUCCUUCAUUCAUAGGGUGCCUGCCCGCGGAGGUGCCAGCAAUAAUGCUAUCCCUGGUACUGCUAUGCUCAGGUACCACCUUUAUCCCCCACUCUCACAUAGACCAGGAUACCAGCAAUUUCAGUGUUCUCUCUCUCUCUCUUUUAUUUAAAAAGAAAAAAGGGGGGGGGGGAGGGAAAUUGGAAAUUUUUAAGAAAACCGCCAUGUGUUUACCUGGGGGAAGAUGCCCUCUCCUCCUCUGAAAUUCUUCUUCUCUCAGCCAGUGCCCCCUUAGUAUUCCUGAACUCUGCCUCUCCAGCGGUGUUGGCUUUUGCUCCCUAUAGCUGGGGGAGAGGGAUGUUUUAUGAAGCAUCCUGAGUUCUAGGAACUUCCUUGAUGCUUUUGCAUGGAAAGCAAGAGCGUGGUCACUGCUAGCUUCAGGCAGGGCAAAGCCCCUAGUGCUAAGUAAUGAGUAAAGUUUAGGCCUACGCUUAAAACUGGCUGUGUGGGGGCAUAUCUCUGUUCCGCCCCCCUCCCAGCCCCGUUAAAGUGAGAUGAGCCUCCCCACACACACACUGUAGGGUCAGGGCCCUGUGGGUUGACAGCUUCUUGCUUUGAGAUGUAUUUGAGCCUCCAUCUAGACAGUGUCUGACCUGAAAUGGCAGAGGCAUUUGCCAAGCCACUGCUCUUCUACCACAGGAGCAAUUCCUUUGCAUUUAGAUCGAGGGCCAAAUCCUGUCUCCCUUUCUCCAUGAAAGGCCCCAAGCUCAGUGUUCUGCUACAGGGAGGUGUCUGGCGCAUGUGAGUGGGCUCUCAGCUCCCCACACCAGAGUGCAGCGCAGAAGCAGUGAUGGCUACUGCAAAGUCUGGGUUGUAGGGAGUCUGCUGUCACUUCACAGCCUGAGGGACAGAAGGAUCCCAGUCCUCCACGCCCAGCCCAGCUAGUUGGCCUCAGCACAAGGGGGAAGAUUUUUGCCAUUAUUCAGGAAACUAUUGAUCCUAAAAGAUCAAGUAAGGAGUUGGUGGAUAUUUCUUUCAUUGAUUUUUGACCUAGAACUUAGGCACAAACAUUUGUGAGCAUUUCUGACCACGCCCAAGGGAAGAGGGGUGCAGUUUGCAUGGGGAAGCCCCGGCAUUCCGAGCGCCUCAGAUUCCCAGUGUGAGUGUAGCAGCUUUUCCCAUGAAUGCUCAAUGGCUGAUUCUUCCAAGAUGAUUGCACCCACAAUACCUAAAGUCAUUGCUCUCAAUUGAGAACCCAGGAGCGUUUUAGAUCUGUUACCUAGUCUGGUUCCAUUUGUUACUCCAAAUGCCUUUUCUUUUAAAAAAUCGGGGUGUAUUAUAAAUACAGACUGAGAAUUUGCACUUUUUUCUGUAGUAUUUCUGUAUGGAUUACUAUGUGGAUUUAGCUGAAUGAAGUGUUGUAACUAAUAAAGCAUUCUCUUCGUAGUAGCAAA